AUCUUAUCUCUUCUGCUCCUUUCACCUACAUACACAUAUAUAUAUAUAUAUAUAUAUAUACACAUACACUUACUAAGACUGGGAGUGAGGCAACAAAUAAAAGCCAUAGAGUUUUUUUUUUUUUUUUUCUGGGGGUGAUAAGAACUAUGGAUACUCUUUAUCCAUGGCCUGAACCUGAAACACUAUCAAGCAACAAGAAAAGGGUAAUACAAAAACUUGUGGAAGGUCAACAGUGUGCUACUGAGCUUCAAGUUAUUGUACUCCACAACAACAAGCCCCCUCAACAAGCUGAGGAGCUUGUGCAAAAGAUCUUGUGGUCAUUUAAUCAAACACUUUCUAUGCUAGCUGAAGCUGGUCAUCAUGAUGAAGUGAUUUCCCAGAAUCAGGCAACUUGUAAUGAUGAUUGUAAGUCUCAAGAUUCUAGUGAGAGCAGCAAGAGAUCACUUUCAGCAUUCGUUAAGGAUAAGAGGGGCUGUUACAAGAGAAAGAGGUUUGCUCAAACAAAGAUAGUGGUGUCUGAUAAAAUAGAAGAUGGGCAUGCAUGGAGAAAAUAUGGACAAAAAAAUAUCUUACAUUCUAAACAUCCAAGGAGUUACUUCAGGUGCAGUCACAAGCAUGAUCAAGGCUGUAGUGCUAUCAAACAAGUUCAAAGAAUGGAAGAUGAUGCCCAAAUGUACCACAUCACAUACAUUGGUACCCACACUUGCAGAGACCAGUACUCAUCCAUGGCUACACCACGAAUCGACAGUCCGAGUCCGAUAUUAAAACUCGAAUCCGAGGAACAAGCGACGACACCAAGCGAUGUUACGGAUUUGGAUUCGAUGACCAUGUGGACGGAUGUAAUGAUGGGUGGUGUUGGUUUUGAAAUUGAUGUGGUGUCCAACAUGUAUUCAUGCACUGAAAUCACUUGUCUGGAUUUAGAACCUGUUGAGCUUGAAAAUGGUUUGCUGUUUGAUGACACUGAUUUUGCUUAGUGAAACUUUGGCUUUUUUGUACAGUUAAUACUAUAAGCCAUGUUCCCUAUUUGUAUUAUGUAAUCGACGGUCAAAUUAUGUUGUUAGUCCCUGUACUUGAGUGAAUAAUCAGUUCUUUUAUUUUAAAAAUUAAA